AUUAAUUAAGAAGAUUAAUAGUUGAUUAAUCAUUAUAAAAAAAAUGUGUUAAAAUUUAAUUCAAAAUAAAAAAUUAAAAUACUUACAUAUUAAUUAUUUUUAAUUUUUCUUAAAUAAUAAAAAAAAAUGUUUAAUAUAGAAUCUUUAUUAUCCAAUAGUAAUACUAAUUUUUCCAAUUUAAAUGAAAACUCCCAAUCUUCGUCGAGAAUUCAAAGACCAAAAAGAAUACACAAAUAUUGGAAUAAAGAAAAAUUAGAUAUAGUUACCAAAAUGUUAUCAAUGCCGGAAAAACAACAAAUGAAAAUAAAAGACAUAGCAAAAUAUGUCGAAAUGUCUACUGCAUCUGUUCACAAAUUUAGACGGGAUACAUUCCCAGAAAUAAAUGGAGAUCCUUUAAAGGAAUAUAAUAUUCAAAAAAGAGGAAGUAAAAAGAAAGAUUCUUCCAUUAUUGAAAGAAGUAUCAUAAGCCUAUUAAUGGAUAAUAACACUUUGACUAUUCAGGAGAUAAUAGAAAAGUUACCUCCUGGUAGUCCAAAAACAAAAACCACAAUUAGUAAAUAUAUUAAAAAUAUUGGUUGGUCUAAAAAAAGGGCUGGCAAGGAGCCUGAUAGAAGAAAUACUCCCGGGGCUAUUAAUAUUCGUCAAAUUUAUUGUGCAAAGAUCUUAAAUAUCCCAAGAGAAAAUUUAUAUUUCUUAGAUGAGACUGGAAUAAACUUGCAUGUUGUACCAAUCUACGCCUGGGCGCCAUACAAUGUCCGUCCAAUAAUAAAAAUCCCAUCCUCUAAGGGCAAAAAUGUAAGUAUCCUUUGUACAAUCGGAAUUGGAGGGGUAAUUCAUUAUAAAAUAAUAGACGGAGCUUAUAAUGGGCUAUUAUUCCGUGAUUCUAUGACGGAGCUUAUUAGUAUCCUACCACCAGAUGCAAUCAUUGUAAUGGAUAAUGCAUCUAUCCAUAGAAGCCAUCUUAUCGAUUCUUAUAAAGGUAGGAUUGAAUACCUACCACCUUAUUCACCUCAGUUAAAUCCCAUUGAAAAUUUUUUUGGAGUUUUGAAAAAUAAAUUUAGAGCAAUCAAUCCCCGCCCUAAUUCAAGAGAUGAAAUUGUUAGGAAUAUUAUUCAACUCUUACACGGAUUUAUUCCUUAUGAUUUCACUAACUUUUACAAUCACAUGCAAAGCUAUUUGGAGUUGGGUUAUCGCGGGCAACUGAUUAAUUAGGUACCAACAUCAAAUUCGUGGAACAAUGGAAUAUUUUGAUAAAUUAUAAUUAUAUUUUUUAUGUAUUAAUUAUUUUAUCGAAAUUAUUAUAAAAGUUUAUAGUGUUAUCAUAUUUUUAUCGAAAUAAAUG